AUAUUGAUAUAUGAUAUAAUAAUAUAUUUGAAUAGUAUUUUCCCUUCUAAAACCAGUCUUCAAAACAAAACAGGAAAUAAAGAAAUACAAUUGUGUUUUAUUUUACAAUAAACAGAGAGAAACAAACAUAAAUAAACAUAUAAUCCUCCUCUGCUGUUCUCCCGACGGCCACAAGAUGUCCCUGUUCCUGAACCGGACGUUUCCCGCGCACCUCAAGAAAAACGCGGCUUUCAAAAGGGCCGCCAUUUUGCUUGUGGCGGCUUACGGUGUCAAAAAACUCUACCCCUUCCUUUACCACCGACUGCGCAAGAAGACCGACGCGAGCAGGACAAACCCCUUAAUGGAGCCCAACAGGGCUCUCCGAGGCCCUGGGGUUGCCAAACCCCGCUCCCCAGGUGUGAACAAGGACUUCUUGCAGCGUCUCUGGCACCUCUUAAAGAUCUUAUUCCCCAGGCUCUUCUGCAAGGAGUUUGGGCUUCUGGGCUUGCAUUCGUUCGCCUUGGUCUCCCGGACAUUCCUCUCUGUCUACGUGGCCCAGCUUGAUGGCAAGAUCGUAAAAACCAUAGUCAAGAAAGACCCGAUGGCUUUCGUGCUCCAGCUGUCCAAGUGGCUGCUGAUCGCUGUCCCCGCCACCUUCGUGAACAGCGCCAUCCGCUACCUGGAGGGGAAGCUGGCUCUCUCCUUCCGAACCAGGCUGGUCAAGCACUCCUAUCAGCUGUACUUCAGCGAUCAGACUUACUAUCGCGUCAGCAACAUGGACGGCCGGCUGGCCAAUCCUGACCAGUCCUUGACCGAGGACAUCUCCAUGUUCGCUGCCUCCGUGGCGCACCUCUACUCCAAUUUGACCAAGCCCAUUUUGGAUGUGGUGGUGACGUGCUACACCCUGAUCAACACUGCCCGGUCCAGGGGGGCUGACACCACUUGGCCCUCGGCCAUCGCCGGACUCGUGGUCUUCCUCACGGCGAAGGUGCUGCGCGCUUUCUCGCCCAAAUUCGGGAAGAUGGUGGCAGAAGAGGCGAGGAGGAAAGGGGACCUGCGUUACAUGCACUCACGCAUCAUCGCCAACUCGGAAGAGAUUGCCUUCUACGGGGGGCACCAGGUGGAGCUGUGUCUCCUGCAGCGUUGUUACCAGGCUCUCUCUGCUCAGAUUAACCUGCUCUUGGUGAAGAGGCUGUGGUACGUGAUGCUGGAACAGUUCCUCAUGAAGUACCUGUGGAGCGCCUCGGGGCUGGUCAUGGUGGCCGUGCCCAUCAUCACUGCCACUGGCUACUCCAAGCACGACUCGGAGGAGACGAAGCAGGCGGUCCUGGAGAUGAUGGAGGAGGAGCUGGUGAGCGAGAGGACCGAGGCCUUUACCACAGCCAGGAACCUGCUAACAGCGGGGGCGGACGCCAUCGAGGAGAUGACCCUAAUCUACUGAGUGUGUGUCCGUCUGUCUCCCCAGGCGACGGAGCUGGCUGGAUACACGGCCCGUGUUUACGAGAUGUUCCUCGUGUUUGAGGAGGUGCGGGCGGGGGUGUUCAGGCGGUCAGCUGUCCCGGAGCUCAAAGAGGGGGUGCAGGAUGGGGUGGUGAAGCAGGGAUCGAGGAUCGAGGGGCCUCUUGAAAUCAAAGGGCAGGUCAUUGACGUGGAGCAGGGGAUCAUCUGCGAGAACAUUCCUGUCAUCACCCCAACCGGAGAUGUGGUGGUCGCCAGCCUCAAUAUCAAGGUGGAGGAGGGGAUGCAUUUGCUGAUCACCGGUCCGAACGGCUGUGGGAAGAGCUCUCUGUUUCGCAUCCUGAGUGGACUGUGGCCGGUUUACAGCGGGGUCCUUCGGAAACCCACUCCUGAACACAUGUUCUACAUACCCCAGAGACCGUACAUGUCAGUCGGAACUCUGCGUGAUCAGGUGAUCUAUCCAGACUCUCCUGGAGACAUGAGCAAGAAAGGCCUCACAGACUCCGACCUGGAAGGGAUUCUAAACAUCGUCAACCUGCGAUACAUCCUGCAGAGGGAGGGAGGCUGGGACUCUGAGAGCGACUGGAAGGACGUCCUGUCGGGGGGAGAGAAGCAGCGCAUGGGAAUGGCGCGCAUGUUCUAUCACAGGCCUCAGUACGCUCUGCUGGACGAGUGCACCAGCGCGGUCAGCAUUGACAUCGAGGGAAAGAUAUUCCAGGCUGCAAAGGAUGCUGGGAUAGCGCUGCUGUCCAUCACACACCGCCCGUCGCUCUGGAAGUACCACUCCCACCUGCUGCAGUUCGACGGGGAGGGGGGCUGGAAGUUCGAGAAGCUGGACACAGCCACCCGCCUCUCCCUGACCGAGGAGAAGCAGAGGCUGGAGGCUCAGCUCUGCGGCAUCCCCAAGAUACAGCAACGUCUCUCCGAGCUCUGCAAGAUCCUGGGGGAGGAGAGGAGCCUGCCCAGCGAGGAGGAGGAGGAGGAGGAGAGCCAGGGAGGGGAGGGGAGGGGAGAGGGAAGCUAG